AUGCCUAGUAACUCGCAGGGUUACUUGAAUUUUGAACUUAAUUUCGAUAGAUCCAAGGCUGCAGAAUUGCAGAAACGUAAAAAUAAAAAAAUUGAUACCAUUAAUGAGGUGCUAACAAAUCUUUUUCCAAAUGGCUUAAUUGAUAUAUUUAAAUUCAACUAUGCAAUUGACAGCCAUAACUUCACAAAUGCAGCAACAAGUACAACGACGCAGUCAACACCAAUUUUUAAGCCCACCGACAAUAUUAGUUAUAGAUUGGAGAGUAGUGUUUCCAAAGAAUAUCGUCGGGAAACAGCGCCAGGACAUACAGAAGUUGUUGUUGAGCAAGUCACUUUUCCUUCAGUUACUUCAAAUUCAGAUUUCAGAGAAAAUGCUAAUGUCAUAACAAAGGAUGAUUUAAUACUUAUAAAUAGAGCUGCAGAGGAAGCAUCUGUUUUGCCUAGCUUACUCAUAAAGCCUGAAGAAAACAAUACCAAUGAAUUCCCACAAUCCAACGGUCAUAGACCUAUAAUCAUACUAGAUGACAAUAAAGCAGAUAUCGAUGAAAUUGUUUUUGAUGAUAAUCAAAUUGCUGAAUCACAGAAUAUUGGAGAACAUAUCUACCAACAUAUCACAACUCCUACCAAAAGGUACAGAGAUACAAGUACUUAUAGAACACAAAAGGAUUUACCUACACGUCGUCGAAAUGAGUUCGUGAAAAUAGAAAAAAUGCCAGCAAAAGUAACAAAAGGUUCUAUGCUUGAAAAUUUUAAUUAUAUCCCACAAAUUGUAUAUUCUUCAAAUGAACCACAAAAACUAGAUUUCCAACCCAGAGAAGUACGUGCGUUGCGCGAUUAUAACAGCAUACUUGUGGAAAAUACCGCACAAGAGGCACCAUCUCGGAAAUUUCUCAAAAAUUUUAAUCCAACUUUUUCAAAUGGGGAAAAUAUACCAAAAACUAAAGGACAUUUUCACUAUGAAGGUUAUACUCGGCAACCAGCUGCAGAAAGUUCACAAAACGAUAAAGCGACACAAUUCAUGAUACAGUACACAGAACAGAAUGAAAAGCCCGACGAAAGCAAUGAUGUGAAGAAUACAUAUACACACGCACAACAAGAAGGUAUACCAAACCAUCCACAAUAUAGUCUCCAAGACCAAUCGUUAUCAACCAAUCAACAAUUACCAAGUAGAGGGAUAUUACAUACUCAAAUACAACAUUCCCAUGAAUACCGAGCACCUGAGGCACCUCAACAUUUAAAUCAAGAUAAAGGAAAUCCAAAUCAGCCCACAGCCACUUCCGAAAAUAUUUUAUUUGUAACUAUAAACACUCCUCAGCCUCCAAUUCAAAAAGAGAAUCCCGAACUUCGUUAUACCUCUGCAGCACCAUUACAUCAGACAUUAAAGACUGCACAAACACCUCAUGAUUUUGUGUUUGCAGCCGCCACUAACAAUCAUAUACAACAGCCACCAAAUCCAAAUCAGAAACCACACAAUGGUUAUACUUUUGUUGAAGUACAGAAAUCCAUUAACAUUCACAAUAAGCUAAUUACCGAAAAAGAUGGCAAGUUAGUGGAACAACAUGAGACAAUAUAUCCUCAAGCAAAUCAGCAGCGGCAACAACAACAAAGUUACAAAACACCACAAUUGAGACAUAAUUUCAUUAUCCACCAUACUCCACCUCAACAACAACAACAGCAUCAUUAUCAUCAGCAACAACAACAUCAACAACAACAACAACCUCAACCACAACCUCAACAACAACCUCAACCUCAACAACAACCUCAACAACAACAGCAUCAGCAGCAACAGCAACAACAACACCAACCUCAUCCUCAACCACAACCUCAACAACAACAACAGCAGCAGCAGCAACAUUACGUGCAACAACCACAACCAAAACCACAGGAGCAUUACAUACAACAUCCACAACCAGAACCAGAACCACCUCAGUCAUAUCCUCUUAAACAGAAUGCACCAGACGAUACUUACUCGUCGCUCUCAAUUAAUCCGAUUAAUGUACAGCAUGUUGACUAUGAGCCACCAGAGGCAGCUUCAUCGCUAUUUCAAGUACAUGACGAAGUACCACCACACGAUUUUACCUACAUACAACCUGGACCACAACAGAUACUUCACUACCCAAUGGAAGUGCAGCAUAUUGUUCCAAUGACUUAUAUCAUGGAUGCCGAUCAGCAUUAUGCACAUCCGCAAGCUAGUGAAAAUAUACAACAUGAAGUCGCAUAUACUCAACAAAUUACAACCAACUCACCACAAGCUAAACCAUUACGAUAUGAUCCCCCAACUGAAUUAGUAGAUCAGAAAAAUGGAAAAGAUGAAGAAAGAAAAGAAAAUCAAGUGGAUAAAGAAGCUGAAAAUAAUGCGGGAGCACCCAAUGAAGUUCAUGUGAAUCACUACAUUGAUCGCCCUUAUCCGGUGAAAGAAAUUGUCGAAAAACAUGUGCAUAUACCAUAUCCAGUACCAAAUCCAGUACCAGUACCAGUGCAUGUUGAACGAUAUAUUGAUCGCCCUUAUCCUGUUGAGACCAUAGUCGAAAAACCUGUACCCUAUCCAGUGGAGAAGGUGGUUGAAAAAUUGGUAGAGAAGCAUGUUCCUGUGGAAGUUGAACGUAUAGUCGAAAAGCCAAUUGAAACUAUUGUGGAGAAAUUUAUAGAUCGCCCAGUGCCUAUAGCUAUACAUGUGCCAAUUGCCAUUCCCAUGUCCGAACACAAUUUUGCACACUAUAAACAAACAUUUGCAGAACACAACAACCCCAGCAAUUGGCUGCAGACCCCGGGAAGCGGAAAUAGAAGUCUGCCACAAAAAGUGUUACAAAAUUAUUACACUCGUAUGUUAAAUAAAUUGUUACCACAUGUAACGAGUCACAAACCAAAGCAAACCACCGCCACAGCAAUUACACAUACGAACAAGUCGCAGAAAUUUACUAGAACCACUAAUGGGCCAUCCACACAACAACAACUAUUUAAAACGACAAAAACAGAGAACGAUAUGCGUUUUGAUCUGAAACCACCACCACUACAAUCACCAGCACCAGGCGCUAGUUGGUAUCAAGGCGCACGCUACAUAUACAAUACAUUACCUAAUGACUUGACUUCAAUUUCUGCACAGCAAAGCAAUCGUUAUUUGGGUCCAGUCGAUCCGGUAUCCAGUGAACCAUUUGAUGAGUUCGAACGUUGGCGUAAUGGACACAGUCUGAAACGAAGUCCUGAGUUUGGACGCAACUUACAUUUAGAAUAUGGUUUCAAGCCACCUUUAGUACCUUCAGUGGAAAUCGAUGACAAAGGUAUGCCUCUUAAAGCAGUUGCCGAAAGAAAGUCAGAUGAAUAGUU